CAGCUCUCUUCUAUCUCCCUCACAACAAAGGAAAUCAUUUUCUCUCCUUUCUUUUCUCUCCAUUUUCUUUCCUGCCCCGAUCUUGAGCAAAGAUGCCUCCAAUCCUUCCGGAUUUCUCCAAUUCCGUUAAGCUCAAGUAUGUCAAGCUUGGCUACCAAUACCUAGUGAAUCACAUUCUUACUCUUCUUUUGAUCCCUGUUAUGGUUGGUAUUGUUAUUGAACUUCUUCGCUUAGGCCCGGAUGAACUCAUCAAUCUAUGGAAAUCCCUUCAUUUCGAUCUUGUUCAAAUCCUCUGCUCCUCUUUCCUCAUCAUCUUCGUCGCCACUGUUUACUUCAUGUCCAAGCCAAGAAGUAUCUACCUUGUUGACUAUACCUGUUACAAAGCCCCAGUGACAUGCCGGGUUCCGUUUUCUACCUUCAUGGAACAUUCUAGACUCAUCUUGAAGGACAAUCCAAAGAGUGUCGAGUUUCAGAUGAGGAUUCUGGAAAGGUCGGGUCUCGGUGAGGAGACCUGUCUUCCUCCCGCUAUUCAUUACAUCCCUCCGAAACCCACCAUGGAGGCUGCAAGGGGAGAGGCAGAGCUUAUUAUUUUUUCUGCUAUGGAUGCUCUGUUAAAGAAAACAGGGCUGAAGCCGAGGGACAUCGAUAUCCUGAUUGUGAAUUGCAGUUUGUUUUCUCCCACGCCGUCUUUGUCCGCCAUGGUGAUUAACAAGUACAAGCUCAGAAGUAACAUAAAAAGCUUCAAUCUUUCAGGGAUGGGAUGCAGUGCAGGGCUCAUAUCGAUCGAUUUAGCUCGUGAUCUUCUCCAGGUUCAUCCGAAUUCGAAUGCUGUUGUGGUUAGCACAGAAAUCAUCACACCGAAUUACUACCAGGGAAAGGAAAGAGCCAUGCUUCUUCCAAACUGCCUCUUCCGUAUGGGCGGAGCGGCAAUCCUCCUAUCAAACCGCCGCUCCGAGCGGAGGCGUGCCAAGUACCGCCUAGUCCACGUGGUCCGAACCCAUAAAGGCGCUGACGACAAGGCCUACCGUUGCGUGUUUGAGGAAGAGGACAGAGAAGGGAAAGUGGGAAUUUCUUUGUCCAAAGAUCUCAUGGCAAUAGCAGGGGAAGCUCUGAAAUCCAACAUCACAACAAUUGGGCCUCUGGUUCUUCCCGCGUCCGAACAGCUCCUGUUUCUCAUGACCCUCAUUGGCAGGAAAAUCUUCAAUCCGAAAUGGAAACCUUACAUUCCCGACUUCAAACAGGCGUUCGAGCACUUCUGUAUCCACGCCGGGGGCAGAGCAGUCAUUGACGAACUCCAAAAGAACCUCCAGCUGUCAGCAGAGCACGUCGAGGCAUCCAGGAUGACCCUGCACAGGUUUGGAAACACAUCCUCUUCGUCCCUGUGGUAUGAGCUGAGCUACAUUGAGGCAAAAGGGAGAAUGAAGAAGGGAGACAGGGUGUGGCAGAUUGCAUUUGGAAGUGGAUUUAAGUGCAACAGCGCAGUAUGGAAGUGCAACAGAACCAUCAAGACACCAACAGAUGGACCUUGGGAAGAUUGCGUUGAUAGGUACCCAGUUCAUAUCCCUGAAAUUGUCAAGCUCUAGCCUCAAAAUACCAAAAAAUGAUUGGUGGGGUGAGGGUUUGGAUUCAGUUAAUUCCUGCUACAAAAUUACCAAGUGUGGAUCAGCAUAUACUCUCAAGUAUUAUCUUUUAUAACCUCUACUCAUUUGUCAAUCCUCAAGAAGUAUGUCUGUAUUUUUUUUCUUUCUAUUUUUGCUUUUCUUAUUAAAAUGUGAAUCUGGAUAGAUACCCAAUAUGCCCCUUUAUGUCUUAAUGUAUCCCAUGUAAGGAAAAACACAUCAGAUAUCAUUGUUGGCUGUUGCUCAAGUUUGGAAACAAGAGGUUAAUUUCAUUAGCCCUUGAAAUAAAUUUGGAUAAUGGAAAACCAUUUUUAUAUGCACGAAUUAUGCAAUAGGAAAUAGCUUAAUUUACAAAGGUCUUCUUGUUAAUGCUGGUCUGCUGUAGUGGUAUAUAUGAGUGCUUGUACGCCAGUCAAAAGGGUUCCUAAUUUCUGCGUUGUUGAUCCCACUAAGGUUCAUCAAUGAUUUGUCCAAUGAAAAUUAAAACUCCAUAUACAAGAAAACUGCCUGUAGUGUAGAAAAACUUACGUAUAUAAUUGGACAAAACAUUUCUAUUGAUGUAUAGGUUACACCAACCAUUUUCAUUUGCCUAUUAUAAAUCCUCCAAUUUCCC